AUGGCACCUAUUAAUAAUGCGCUUACAGCAAUCGAAGCGCUAGACCCAGGAGAGAAACUUGUGUAUCAGGAAAUUGCCAAUCAACAUGGCGUUGAUCGCUCAACUUUGGCGCGGAGACACAAGGGCGUUCAGGCACCUCAGGAAGCCAAAGACUCCAACCAGCAGAAGCUCACCCAACAACAAGAGGAGGAGCUUGUAAAGUAUAUAGAGGAGCUAACUGCUCGUCAUAUACCUCCUACAAGAGAGAUGAUCGCCAAUUUCGCGUCAGCAGUCGCCCAGGAGCCAGUGAGCGAGAGCUGGGUUACGCGCUUCAUCAACAAGUACUCCAUCCAUCUUAUCUCUUAA